AUGAAGAGUGGUUUCUGGCAAAUCCAAAUAGAUGAGUCAGAUAGAUAUAAGACUGCAUUUGUCACUCCUUUCGGUCAUUAUGAAUGGAAUAGUAAUCCUCCCCCAUGGUUAACCAUCCAUACUGAAGUUGUCAAACAGAUCAAAGCCCAUGUCAAGACACUUCCCUGUCUUGGUAUUCCUUCAGUUGAUUCCUUUAAGAUAGUUGAAACUGAUGCCUCUGACAUAGGUUAUGGUGGUAUCCUCAAACAAAGAGCCUGUCCAAAUUCCCCAGAACAGAUUGUUCGCUUUCAUUCCGGUACUUUGGACCCAGUCGCAAUAUAA